AUGAAAGGACAUAUUGGAACAUUAGCUUUAGAAGAAAAUGGAGACUUUCAAUUAAUUUCAGGACGAUUACUUGUAAACGUGGAAUUUGAUGUCGAAAAAGAUAUAAUAUAUGAUGGAAAAACUCUUAUGGUUAUUAAAGAUUUUAAGUUUGUUGCAACACCUCUUACUCAAAUAUUUUUCAAUUUUAAGAAUCUUUUCAACGGACGUGAAGAUUUGGCGGAAGCAGUUCAUAAGUUUGCUCGAGAAAACUGGAAAACUAUCACUGAACUUAUCCAGGAUCCUAUCUGGGAUGCUUUCUUAAAGGGAAUUUUUAAGAACAUUAAUAAAUACCUAGAAACGUCCCCGCUCGAAGAUACUUUAAUCAACAGUUAA